AUGCAUAGACUCAGCCUAGACCAAGAUUAUGACUGGUAUGCUAGGGGGCUAGGAGAUAGAAUUAUACGUGCGACACGAUGUUACUAUGAUGCCAACAGAUUAAGUGUUCCCAAUGGAGCCGCAACGGCGUCGCCUGUAACAACCGCAAAGGAUCCCUGUAUGAACAUCUUCACGGCACGGCACCAUCAAACUCGCAUGUACGAUGCUGACUCGAGAUGUGCUUCAAUAUUUCUAUCACAAGCAAUAGUUACUCGGUUGGCGAGAGCUCAAGCGAGGCGCAAAGAGUAA